AUGUCAAACAGAGCGCGACUGUUGGUGGAACUAGCUCGAAAUUCAGCAUCUAGUGCAGUAGCCUCUCACCAAGUGCCCAAAGACGAUAACAUUAACAAUUUUGCGACCCAAUUGAACGAUGCAUCAGAUCCUCAAAGAACAGAGAGCAUGGUUCAAGUGUCAGUUCAAGAUCUAUUAGGAAAUGCAGAAUUGGUAGAUAAUCCAAUUUUAACAGUCCUAGAAGUGGCAGAAAUCCCAAAAGAAACAUCGCAUUCCAAAACUGAUGAAAAGUUAUAUUAUUUGGAACAAAACACAGAUUCUGAUAGUGGUAUUGUACCAAUAAUUGACUAUCAGGAAGAAGUUGUAGCAGAUGAAGAAGAGGUCCAUGAUGCAACUUCAGAUACUGAAAGACAUUCAGAACCAGAUCCAUUUCAGGAAAGUGGCAGCGAGUAUCUGCCAACAGAUACUGACUCAGAAAAUAGUUUAGGAAACGAAAACGUUGAAAACCAAGGAGGUGGAAACCAAGAAGAUCGUCGGACACCGGAUGGAAGAACAAAAAAACGUAAGAGUAAAGGGCAAAGAGAUCCAUCGCAAUGGAAACGAGCAAAAAAUUCGCAAGCGAGACUUAAAGGCCAUGCAUACAUGGGAUUUCAGAAAAAUACUGGAGGCAAGUACCAGCAAACAGUCUGUAGAGUUCAGCGCAAAGUAAAGCCGUCAUGUGGGGGACACAAAAAUGACUCUAAGGGACCACAACAAAAAUUUGAAUGUUUGCAAAUUACAAAUGAAAUGCGUAAUCAAAUAUUUCAAUCUUUUUGGGAAAUUAGUUCUUGGGAAGGUAAAAAAAUUUAUGUAAGUAGUCUUGUACUGCACUCUCAGCCCAAACACAGAAGACGAAACACUGCAGAAGAAGAGUCUCGAAAGAAAACAGAGUUUAAAUAUUAUUUAAUAACUAAAGAUAAUCCAGAGUCUACCAAAAAAUAUCACGUAUGCAAGAAAAUGUUUUUAGCCACUUUAGGUAUUGGAGAAAGAUGUGUAAGAGAAUGGGUUUUAAACAAAUGUUUACCAAAUAUGGAGCUAGGUAUUGAACCGGCUUUAGUAGAGCCACCUCAGGAUUCCGAAUGCACAAAAAAUGUUAAUCAAUUCUUAGACAGCUUGCCUAAAGUUGAAUCGCACUACUGUCGAGCAUCCACUAGGAAACUUUAUUUGGAACCCACUUGA